AUGGUCCGGAUCGGCUCCUGGUUCCGCGGUGCGGAAAUCCCCGAGCCCGCAGAGAAGACGACGCCGUCUACGGAAGGCCCUUCUAAAGAGGAACUCCUGGCCAGUGAAAUGGCCAAUAUCGAAGACGCCUUCGCUGCCGCCGAGCUCAUUCUGAACGACGACAUGGACGGGGCCGAAGCUCGCCUCAAAGACGGCGAUUCCUCCUAUCACGAUCUCGCCCGCACCGUCAUCAGUUUUAUCCGCUCCAUCCUUGGUUUUGAAAAGGAAGUCAUGUUGCUGGCGUCGACCCAGCUAGCCAAUUGCGAAGCGAGAGCCUUGGUCGACCAGAAGAGGGCGCAGAAGGAAUUUGCUGAGUGCACAUCAUGCCUCUACCCUCCCGGCACCGAGUAUGCGCUUGUGCAUGCGGAGGCCACGCUCAUGUCUGCCGUCGUCGGCGUGUUGCACGAGAGCUUGACCGAGGGUGUUAAGAGCUUUUAUAAGCUCAGAAAGGCGUAUUUCGCUUUGGACGCCAUCAUGCAGUUGGACAUUAGAGCUGUUAAACGGAAUGCGCCCGCGCAGAGAAGGAGGUCGCUUGCCGAAGCUUUUGCGGAUGACAGAAUGCCUGGGACGUUUGGGGAUGAUGAGUUUUGCGACGAUGAGGAUGCUGAAAUUGGAAAGGAUGCCGAAUGUGCUGCGCAUUCGUCAUUGCGGAAUCCCGACACCUUGCCUCCCUCAAAAUCGAGUCCUGGCAAUACUUCUUCCGAUUCCUCUUCCGAGGUUUCUUCAUUGUCAACAACCAGCGGAGCCGGUAGUUCAGCGACCGGCACCGGCACCAAGACAAGUUUCGACUCCGAAGUCUUCACAAAUCCACGAGACGCCUUCAUUCACAGCGGCGCGACCAUGUGCUUCGGCGUCCUUCUUUUCCUUUUUACCCUAGUCCCCCCCGCUUUAUCAAAACUUCUUAGCAUCGUUGGCUUCAGGGGCGAUCGCGAGCGCGGUAUCCGUAUGCUCUGGGAGAGUACGGCUUUCCCAAACGUGCACGGCGCCAUUGCUAGCCUUGUCCUCUUCACAUACUACAACGGGCUCCUCGGCCUGUCGGACAUCUUACCUCCCGCGGAUCUCUACGACGACGCGGCCGAGAUUGUCGGUCUACCCGUAGAAAAGUGCGAUGCGCUCCUCGCCCGCAUGAGAGCUCGGUACCCGCAGUCCGGAUUAUUGCAUCUGGAGCAGUCGCGCAUGUACUCCAACUCACGACGUCUAGCUGACGCCAUCGACUGCCUCAAGCACAUGCCUAAAUCCAACAUGAAGCAGGUUGAUGCCUUGGCCUCCUUCGAGACUGCGAUCAGUGGGCUAUUCAUCAUGGACUGGAAUCUCAUGCGCGAUUCCUUUCUUAAGUGUAUUGAACUGAACGAGUGGAGCCGUACGCUGUACUACUAUCUUGCCGGCUGCGCCGAGUUGGAGUUUUAUCGCGACGCCUUUCACAAUCGAGGCGGCGGCGCAGAAGAAACCAAGCGGAGGAAGAAAACGGCCGAGGAGCUCUUCCGAAAGGCACCCCCGGCAUCGGGCAAGAAGAGGUUCCUCGCCAAACAGCUUCCCUUUGAAAUUUUCGUGCUGCGUAAGAUUCAAAAAUGGGAGGCACGUGCGAAAGAGCACAAGAUCGAUCUGGCAGACGCCAUCGGCGUGAGUCCCGCGCAGGAGAUGGUCUAUCUGUGGAACGGUGGGAAGAGGGUGGAUAUGGAACAGGCCGAAAAGGCACUCGGGUACUUGGCGUGGGAAAGGUGUACAGCGAAUAAGGAAGCUGUGGAGAAGUUUAGAGGCGUGGUCGAGGAGAGGGCGGUAAAAGCUCUCUGCGAGGCGGCGCUCUUGAGGGUGUUAGGGAGGGUGAAGGAGGCUCGGACCGGGUUAGAGGAGGAUGUUUUGAAGCAUGACAAAUCCUGCUUCAAGGGUGGCACGAAGGAUGACUAUAUCCUUCCCUGCACACAUUACGAAAUGGGUGUCCUCGCCUGGGUCGAAGCCCGCUCAUCUCCGUCAUUCGAAGAAGCAUCGAAGGAAUGCAAGGAGGAAGCUUCCUCCAAAGACAAGACAGCAGCGGCCGAGAAUCAGAGCGAAGACGAUAAGGCAACGGCUCUUGACGACGUUCGAAAGGCCAAGAUCGAAGAGUGCCAGGCCUGUUUAGACAAGGCGGCGAACUGGGAGGCAUUUGUGCUGGAUGCGCGGUGCGGGAUGAGGGUGCAGACUGGGAUGGAGACGUUGAGGUGGUAUCGCAAGAGGAUGGGAUGGGACUGA